AGCCGCCUGACCUCUUUCUGUUCCCCGGUAAAGAUGGCGGCUACAGCCACCCCGGCAGUUCUACAUGGGGCAGUAGUUAAAGUUCACCCCGUGGUGUUAGCCUCUAUUGUUGACAGCUACGAGCGCCGAAAUGAGGGAGCUGCGCGUGUUAUCGGGACCUUGCUUGGCACUAUUGAUAAACAUUCCGUGGAAGUUACCAACUGCUUUUCUGUCCCACACAAUGAAUCAGAGGAUGAGGUGGCUGUUGACAUGGAAUUUGCUAAAAACAUGUAUGAACUUCACAAAAAGGUUUCAUCCACAGAACAGAUCUUGGGUUGGUACGCAACAGGAAAUGACAUAACCGAGCACUCUGUGCUGAUUCAUGAGUAUUACAGUCGAGAAGCCACCAACCCAAUCCAUAUGACAGUGGAUACCAGCCUGCAUGGAGGACGCAUGAACAUCAAAGCAUACAUCAGCACACCGAUGGGAGUUCCAGGGAAAACCAUGGGGGUGAUGUUCACUCCACUUACUGUUCAGUAUGUUUAUUAUGACACAGAACGAAUAGGAGUUGAUCUUAUGGCAAAAACGUGCUUCAAUCCAAACCGUUCCAUUGGCCUGACUACUGACUUACAUCAGGUGGGCACAGCUGCCAACCGCCUACAGGACUCGUUGAGCACAGUCCUUCAGUAUUCUGAGGAUGUCCUGUCUGGAAAGGUAGCAGCUGACAAUACAGUGGGACGCUUCUUAAUGGAUCUUGUGAAUCAAGUACCUACAAUAGACCCAGAAGACUUUGAGACUAUGCUGAACAGUAACAUUAAUGAUCUGCUGAUGGUCACUUAUCUGGCAAAUCUCACACAAGCACAGAUAGCAUUGAAUGAAAAGCUUCUCAAUUUAUGAAGAAACUAGAUGAUUUAUGCUGGGAAUUUGGAUUUACUCCUUAUGCUAAUGGUCUUCAUACCCAUACAAAGAUCCUCUGCCCAUGUGCAUUAAUUGCCUAAAUUACAGUUUUGGUCAUCUCUGUAGACAGUUUUAUCCCAGCACUGUUUUAUAUUGUGAUCAGUUGCCUGCAUAUUUUAAUUGAAGCAAGAAGUCCACACGCUGUCCUAUUUGGGUAUUAAAAUAAUUUGAGGUAUACAUCCAUAAUUUUUAAAAAGUAUGUGGAAGAGUUCCUGCAUAACUUGUCCCCACUAUACAUUUAUCCCUUGUAUUAAAUUGAUGGAAUUAUUCUGUGUAAAUCAUCAUUAAGUUAAGCCCUCAGCAAAAUUAGUUAGAAAAAUAAAGUGUUAAAAACAUAAUAAAAAUGUAACAGUGAUUUUUA